UUACUGCCACCUACAGUCUCGUCUUCAUCUAAUUUGCUUUACAGCUUUAUUAUUGUAAACCUUCAUUUCCUUGUUUAUUGGCCCCGGGAUGUCUAAUGAUAUGUGAGUCAGGCUGCAGAGAGCCCAGUUUGGACUGGUCUCAUGGGAAUAUUAGAGGGGAUGGUUCAGAGGCUCCCUCCCUCCCUCCUUCUGCUCUCUGUCCGCAGUCAGCAGCAUCUGGAGUCGGUGUGGACGGGAAUGCUUCUUUUGCAAUUUAUUAUGCAGCUUAUAUCAAAACUGAGUUGUGAUUUUAGUAUUUAAGGGAGUGAAAUGACGGAGUUUCGUUGCUGAAAGAUCCACGGAGGGGUUAAAAGUUUUUCUGAGCACUGAGUGGAGGAAAACUGUGAAGUGGAGCUGGAAUACUUGGAAAAUAUUUGGGAAUUCUGCACCUUUAACUCAAAGGAAAACCUACUUUUUUAUGCAGGAAUUAUAAAGCACCAAGGUAAACACCAGGAUACCUGAGGAGCUCUCUUUGCUGUCUGUGCAGGAGCAUAAUGGGAAUACUGGAGUGAUUUUCCUCGGGGCGGACGGGGGUUCACCGGACACUGUGAUUUUCCCACAUAAAGCAGAUCUUAUCUGAGGGCAGAGGGGAGCUAAAUGCGGCUGACUGCCAGUGACCCUGCACCGGGAACCAUGAACAGCAGCAGCACCGGGUCUGGCAACUUUCUGCUGGUGCCCAUACCGGAAUAUCCCCUGCUGGACUGUGUGCCCAACAAGACGGUGAAGAUUGUGGUGCUGGGGGCGAGCAACGUCGGGAAAACCGCUUUGAUCGUCAGGUUUCUGACCAAGAGGUUCAUCGGAGACUAUGAAGCAAACACUGGAGCACUCUACUCCAGAAAGGUCACACUGGAUGGGGAGGAAGUGUCGCUUCAGAUCCAGGAUACUCCCUGUGUCGCUCUCCAGGAUGAUGCUGAGGGUCUGUACUGCCAGGAGCAGAUCAACAGGUCAAUCUACUGGGCAGACGGUUAUGUGCUGGUUUUCUCCAUCACGGACCACAACAGCUACCGCACUAUCCAGCCACUGUACCAACACGUCAGACGUAUACACCCCUCUGGAAACAUUCCUGUUAUACUGGUUGGCAACAAGAACGACCUGCUCAGAGCCCGACAGGUGCCAGCGGACGAAGGCGAGACGUUAGCAGCUUCACUAGGAGGAGUUUACUUUGAGGCCUCGGCAAGAGAGAACCACGAGGGAGUCCACACCGCCUUUCUACAUCUCUGUCAGGAGGUGAUCCGGGCACUGGGAGGAGGCAACGGGGAGAAACGAAGAGGGGGCCUCCACCUGGCCAGACCCAAAUCUCCCAACAUGCAGGAGCUGAAGAGGAGGUUCAGGCAGGUCCUCUCCUCCAAAGUCAAGUCCUCAACAACUCUCUGAUCGCAGAAUGAAACUAAAAACAUCGAGAUAAAAGAGCUUCCAUGGAAAUAAAAAGAUUCUGCUCCUUUGUUGAUGGAAGGCUGAAGAAAAAUGGAAGAGGCCUCAAUAUGGAGGACUUUUAAGUUUGGGAACUGAAGCUGUUCUGUGGUGAUUGAAGCAUUUUAACUUUGUCGUCUUCAGAUGGAUAAAGAUGUGAGACUGAAUGGAGGUUUCUGCAGGCUAAGCUCUUCUCUGCGUUUUGGACGGAGCUCAUGGUCAACAUGACCUCUACCCAGGAUGCUGUUCAGAAUUAACAUGUCACAGACUGCAAAACAAACGGCUCGUGUUGUCACAAACUUGUUUACCACGAAGGCAGUGAGCGUGUCGGUAAAACUCCACUGACUGGGUCACUGUAAACUAAGCCGUGUCUCAGUUUUCUUGAGGCUGAAAAAUCACUCUUAAUACAUUGUGACAAAGGGAAUUUAACGCGUUUUACACCUGAGAAGACAAUUUAAAGAAAAAACUGUUGUUUCUAAUGUCCUGUCAUAUAACAUUGAGUCUCAUUUUACCCCCUCUUGUUACAGUUUCCUUUAUUUUGAUUUUAAUUGGGAUUUUUUUUUGCAACAAAACACUCAAAAGACUCAUUUUUUUAUUUGGUUCAAGAUGAGAGUAAUGCCAGAUUUCAACUUUGCUGAAACCAAAUAAAUGAAAUGCGAGUCUCAA